AUGGAGAAUAAUACCAACUGGAAUGUCAAUAUCAAGAUACAGCUCCAAGCCUUUGCUCUCGCAGUAAGGGCCUUCAAAGGCACGACCGAGAAGCCGAGCUCUCCCGACUUGGACAUGAUAUGGCUAGGCCAUUGUGGUAUCGAUUGCAAGGCCGAUCUUCCCUUCUACCAAACCCCGAAUGACCCUACUACCCCUGAACUACGACAUUCACAUCCCUACUGGCGUGGCGCUCCUCCAAUUGAACGACCAGAUUAUACCUGGUUGACUUGCACUAUCGGAGAUAGCGUAUGCUUAAGCAUGUAUGCUGUGAGCUAUCACAGAGUCCAGCAGAUCCUUAACGCACGCACUGUUAGUGAAUCCUUUUGUUCCCGCUGA